GCGCGACCAGCGCUCCCGAUGGGAAUAGCCCCCGAGGCUAUGAACAAAUGCUUGUAUUUGAUCAUAGGCUCUCGCCAUUUCUAUAUUGUCACACUCGAAAUUUUCUAUUUCUUCAAAGUAGCCCCCGAGCGUUUGGGCAGAAACUUGUUUUUGAUCAAAAGCUCCCGAAGUAUUGAAUAAUUCUUGCUGUCGCCAAUCUUCUUUUUAUUUUUCUUGUCGACAUUCUUCCCUUAAUCAAAUUUACUUCAUCCUUGACGAGUAGUCGUGAUUUUUCUGCCCUGUGGGUCCAUUGCUCCCACCACGUUGACACGUCGUGCAAGUGGGGGACACACGUCCUCCACUUUUUCUGGCGCACGUACGGUAACGCCUAUCUCAGUAAAAAUACCUUUUUACCCUUGUUUCUAGAAGAUCUAUUCUCACCACACGAUUUCUCCAUCCAACGGCACGCUGCUUCACCCGAUUCUUAUAUAAACCUUUCUUCAACCUCCGUUCAUCCCCUCGCUUGCGCCGCUCAUCUGUUCCCCUUCGCAAAACUUCUCCUGCGCCCGAAUCUCUCCAAGCUUCCGCACUCACAGACCUUACUCUGCCCAUUGCCGUUGAUGCCACCGCGCACGCGACUCACUCGCCACAGCACUCCGGAAUCCAAGAUGGCUGCCGAGGAUCUUGAGUGGGAGAGAUCCAAAAUCUCCAACCAAGACACCAACAUGCUGAAGAGGCUUGGCCUCAUGAAGAAGGAGGACGCCAUCCGCUUCCCCAGCGAAGAAAGCUACCCCAAGCCUCCAAUGGAGUACCGGGUUAGUUUUGUUGAUCAUCUAAUCCGCGGCCUUUCGACCCCAAUCCAUGAUUUCCUCCGCGGCCUUCUUUUCGUUUAUGGGAUUCAACUACACCAGUUGACUCCCAAUUCCAUCCUUCACAUUUCUAUUUUCAUCACGCUUUGCGAGUGCUUCCUUGGAAUCACUCCUAAUUGGAUUCUUUGGAAACGAAUUUUCUGCCUCCGUCGUAAUGGCUCCCACAACGUCACUUAUAACAUAGGUGGCGUUGUAAUCUGUGUUCGUACUGAUGUCGACUAUUUCGACGUCAAAUUUCCUGACUCUGUCCAAGGAUGGCGCAAAAAGUGGCUCUACAUUCACGAAGAAAGCGCCAAUUCUGUGGAGCACAACAUAGUUCCUUUUGACGGAAGUGCCAGGAUUCAGCGUCGCCGUUCCUGGGAUGCCGAAGCUUCUGAAGAAGAGAAAAAGGCGACAGAGGCGCUCAUGGCUCGUAUCCGUCAUCUUCAAAACACUCGAGGCAAAGAGCUAUCUGGUGUUCAAAUUACUGCCUACUUCCUUAGGAUUAGAGUGCAGCCUCUUCAGGCUCGCAAAAAUCCCCUUUGGACGUAUUCUGGUGAAAAUGACGCCAACAGAAUCUCCAGUGAUCUUUCUGUAAAGGACCUGGAAAAAUUGGUUCGAAGAAUUUCUCGAUUAGGCAAGAAGGAUCCUAUUCCCUCCUCCUGUCGAGUGGAACCAUACAGUGCUUCCAAUCCUCUUCCCGAGGUAUUUUGUCUUCUCGAAUUUCUAUCUUGUUCUGAACUGUUCCUUGUAUCUUAUUGCAGUGGUAUCUCACUUAUUCUCUUUUGUCACUAUUUCCUUGUAGAAUCAUCCUACUAUGGCUUCCCUUCCUCCUCUUCCUGAGGAUGGAGAGGUCGAAGAAAGAGCCGUUGUCGAUGAUGACAACCAGGAGACCCCCUCUUUUGUGAAUGAACCCGCAGAUUCUCGAAAAUCUGCGGGAUCUACUGAGAAGGAUGCUGCCUCUGAAGGUACAACAUCAGCACAAUCUCCUCCUCCUGCUGUUUCUCCGAAGAGCAAAAGGAAAAGGAGCAAUGCCGAAGAUUCCGGGACCUCGAAACCCGAAGAAACUGCUCCUGCACCUCGAAAAGCAGCUUAUGAUCCAUACAUCGAGAGUAUCAUCAGCUCUGAUGAUGAAGAAACACCAACUUUAGAUGUGGCUGCUCGAACGAGCACGUCACAUACUUUAGUUAUUUCAGAAAAACCAGUUGAAGGGGAGGAAUCGUCGCCUCCUCAACAAAAUGUUGAUACAUCUACUCCUCCUUCGAGCCCCCGUGCCCCUUCACCAAAAAGGGCACGGGUUGAAAAGAUUGUUGAU